AUGCCCACGACGGGCGCUAUUCGAGAAUCAAGUGUUAUGUCGAUGGGACCAGUUAAUAUUAUUCAGACAACUAGACAACCUCCAACAGGAAAUACGACAACUAGUACAAAUCUACCAGAUGAUCGUGAGAUUUUUAAAGUAUUACAUGAUUGUAUGAAAGAUGUAGCAAAAUUUCGACAAUAUAUCUAUUAUCUUGGCACAUCUUGUGAUACAACAAAACUACGAAAUAAAGUUCAAAAAUUAAAAGAACGUAUUAAUUGUGGAUUUGUCCAUCAACGUGAAGUUUUAGGACAUGGAGUAUCAGCAACAGGAUCUGUCAAAAGUGAAUUAGCCGUACGUCGAUUUGAAAAAUUUUUAUGUUUUACAUUAGCUUCGCUCAGUUAUUAUGAAGAUUUACUUCAUAAGUUUUCUAUUUUACUCGUCUAUUUUCCAGUAGCUACCGGAGAUAGAGAAAAUGUUGUUAAUUUGGGUUUUGAAGAUUCAACAAUAACUGCAGAUGAAGUUUCAUAUGAAAAUCAUGAAAUGGAAGAGAAUGAAACCAAUCGUUAUAUUGAAUUAUUGAAUCAAAUUCAAAGUAUACAAGCACUUCGUGAUGAUAUCGAACAUAUUGAUAUUUAUCAAUUACGACAUCAUGCAACAUCUUAUUCAAAAGAAUUUGUGGAAAAUAUGCAUAAAUAUACAACAGAUCUAAUAACAGAAAGAAAUCUUAAUAGAAAUCAUUCCAACAAUUUUCGUCAUUAUUUUAGUGAUGAAACUUCAUUAGCAGUUUUAAGAUGUCAUCGACGAUGUCAUCGACGAAAAUUUGUUUGUAUAUUAUCGAUUGCAUUAUCAAUAUUACUUAUUGUUGGCUUUACAAUUGUUGUUCUUCUAGCAAUGAGUAAAACAUCUAAUGGUUAA